CUCGCCUCGGCCCAGCCUCGGGGGUCCGGGCAGAGGGUUCCAGUGUCCGCGGGCUCGCACCUCUGUGUUUCUCUACGGUGCCGGCUGCGUGGAGCCGGGAUGCGCUGCGCCUGCUGCGGGUCCUCACUAUGGAGACCAAACGCCUGGAGAUCCCCGGCAGCGUCCUGGAUGAUCUCUGCAGCCGAUUUAUUUUGCAUAUUCCCAGUGAGGAAAGAGACAAUGCAAUCCGAGUGUGCUUCCAGAUUGAACUGGCCCAUUGGUUUUACUUGGAUUUCUACAUGCAGAACACACCAGGAUUACCUCAGUGUGGGAUAAGAGACUUUGCCAAAGCUGUCUUCAGUCACUGUCCAUUUCUGCUGCCACAAGGUGAAGAUGUGGAAAAGAUUUUGGAUGAAUGGAAGGAAUAUAAAAUGGGAGUACCAACUUAUGGGGCAAUUAUUCUCGAUGAGACCCUGGAGAAUGUACUGCUGGUUCAGGGGUACCUGGCAAAGUCAGGCUGGGGAUUUCCAAAAGGAAAAGUAAAUAAAGAAGAAGCACCUCAUGACUGUGCGGCUCGAGAGGUCUUCGAAGAAACUGGUUUUGAUAUAAAAGACUACAUCUGUAAGGAUGAUUACAUUGAGCUUCGAAUCAAUGACCAGCUUGCUCGCUUGUACAUCAUUCCAGGAGUUCCAAAAGACACAAAAUUUAACCCCAAAACCAGAAGAGAAAUUAGGAAUAUUGAGUGGUUCUCCAUUGAGAAAUUACCCUGUCAUAGAAAUGAUAUGACUCCCAAGUCCAAGCUUGGCUUGGCACCUAAUAAGUUUUUUAUGGCCAUUCCUUUUAUCAGACCACUAAGGGACUGGCUGUCUCGAAGAUUUGGAGAUUCCUCGGACAGCGAUAAUGGUUUUUCUUCAGCUGGUAGCACACCAGCUAGACCCACCGUUGAAAAAUUGAGUCGAACAAAAUUCCGCCACAGCCAGCAGCUGUUUCCUGAAAGUUCUCCUAGUGACCAGUGGGUGAAGCACAGGCCGCCGCUACAGCAGAAGCCACACAGUAACCACACGGAGCUGUCAGACCUUUUCAAAGCAAAGAAUCAAAAUACGAGAGGGAAUGGCAGAAAACAGUAUCAAGACUCACCUAAUCAAAAGAAGAGAGCGAACGGAGUUCACGGUCAGCCAGCGAAGCAACAGAAUCCCUUGAUGAAAUGUGAAAAGAAGCUGCAUCCACGAAAGCUUCAGGACAACUUUGAGACAGAUGCCACAUGUGACUUGCCUUGUUCUGGUGAAGACCCGUUGGUAGAACAUGCUGAAGGACAUUCUGUAGCGUGCAAUGGACAUUGCAAGUUCCCAUUUUCAUCCAGAACCUUUCUGAGUUUCAAGUUUGACCAAAAUGCUAUCAUGAAAAUCUUGGACCUUUGAUCCAGCAAGUAUAUUGCAGAAGUCCCCCAAUCUGGGACCUGUUGCAUGUGAGUGGGUGUCUCCUCAAGCCUUACCUUUCUCAGGUAUUUGAAAGAAAUGCAGGGAGGCAAUGUUUCUAAAGAGAUUUUCUGUACAGAAGAGAAACUAGAAAGAAACACAAGUUUGCACUGUAAAUGCAGUUAGAACUUUUUAUAUGAAUUUACCGUUUCAGUGUUUGGAACCAAGUUUUAGUUGCCUGUGUUUUUUUGGUUUCUGUUUUUGUUUGUUUUUUAUUGUCUUUCCCUUACUUUGCGUGAUUGUGUUUUGUUUUAUAUUCUGAUCAAGACUUGUUUUGAUUGCAUCAUCAGCAAAUAGCCAUGUUAAUAGGAUUAUGUCACCUCCCCAUCCUGGUGAUUGCAAAAAACUUGCUUAUUGAAAACUUUAAAAGGAACUUAAAAUCCUAGUUAUCAAUGAGCUGAGCAUCAGAGCUGAACCAUGAUGUCAGGAUACAGGCGUUGGCUCAUUUCUCUGUGUCUAACCACUGAGAGUCUAACCCUUCUAACUGGAGUUUUGUCAGUUUGUUCAGCACCUCCUCCUCAAAACAAGACUCAUUUGCACAGUGAACCUUGAGCACUUCAUCAGGGCCACACCCAUAGCCUGAGGAGAGAUGGAGUCAGUGGGGAGCUGAUGCUGUAAUUUUGGGCUAUGAUGUUUGCUGUAAAAAAAAAAAAAAAAAAAAACCUAUGAGUGCUGGAGCAGAGAGCAUGGAACCAGUAGCUGACAGUUCCUCCAGGUCAUGCCUGGACUUUCCUGCCUCUAUCUGUUCAGUAUUGUGCCAUGAUUAUGCUCAUGUGAAACAUCUAUACAUAUUCUAGUUGUGUGUCUGUGUGGAAAACUAUAGUCUUAGUUCUAUAUUGCAUCUCAGUGUUGAUCUGUGGAAGCUGAUAUUAUAUAAGGUUCCACUUUGCAGUAAUACCAGAGUGACAUGCUUUUAAUUAAUAUCUUGAAGCCCCUGGGGUUCUGCAAUUUACCCAGUACAAGUAAAUAAAGCAUAUCACUGGGGGACCCUUGAAGUAAUGUACUUAGAUCACACAUAGGAAUGUAUUUGUAUUUUGCUCCUUCAGAAUUCUUAAACCAAACACUGGUGACAAUGCCCACUUUGCAGAGGAUCACCUGUUGUUGAGGACAAUCACCAGAGCUUUAAGGAGGCAAUACGAUUUGACUGCACCUGACCUCACUGAGACUUUUUCCUGGGGCAGAGCAGGCUGUUAGACUGCAUGUGUACACACGUAUCUGUCGUGUACGCUUUUAGCAAGUGGUCUCCACAAAGUAUAUCUCUGCUUAUAAAUAGCACUAUAGAAAUCUUUAUUCUGUAAAUGUAGCCUAUUUAAUUGGGGUUCUACCUAACCCCAUGGAACUUUUAAAAAGAAGGGCUAUUAUUGUGAAGAAUUCACUUGGUAUUACUACUUUGCUUUAGCUUUUAAAUGACUGAUUUUAAAGAAGAAAUUAUAUUUAUUAAUGAAAGUGUCACUCGGUGCUAAGCAGGAGACUUCACAGUGAUACAGUGUGUUUGGAAUCUUCUGUGUGACUACUUUGUGAAUCCUUCUGUGACCUUUGUUUUUUAAUGCAUUAUAUGAUUGUGUUUGGAAGCCCUUAAUGUUGUUGUCAGAAAUACAGCUGCUCUGCUUGGGUCUUCUUGAGCCAUAUUUAUAGUUGGUCCCAGCAUUCCAGAUUUCUGUUAAAUGGUUAAGGGAGUGAAAACUGAAGCUUACCUGGCAGUGAGCCACUGUCACCCCCUGACUGUCAUCUAGAAACCAUUUAGUGUGGUGUGUGUGUGUGUGUGUGUGUGUGUGUGUGUGUGUGUGUGUGAGAGAGAGAGAGAGAGAGAGAGAGAGAGAGAGAGAGAGAGAGAGAGGAUGAGAAUGAUUGAGAUUUUCUUCUUAAGCGAGCACGUCAGUCAGUCUUGGUGCCUGUAGGGGUUGGAUUCUCAGCUCUCAAUACUAGAGCAAAAUCAAUUAGUUAGCAGAAGGUAUGGCCCCUAAAGUGAUUGACUGUAAGAACCAACCAAUGGUGUGCUGCUUCACUUAACGCACUGUGGAACAAAGCAAGGGUAUGGUUGGGGUGCAGUUAUGAUGACUUUAGGCUUUAGGUCUCUCGACAGUCUGAAGUUAAGCAUGUUGAAAGAGGAAUUAAGGAUUGGAUAUACGAUGCGACUCAACUAUGCAGAAAAUGUUAAGUUGGUAUCUUGUUAAUGUAUAUCUAGUGUACUUACUUCUUCACUGUACAGGUUAUCUGAGAGACCAUAUUUAGCACAGGACUGGAUUUCUUCUCUGAGCUAUGUUAUCAUUUCUUCAUAGAAUCUAGUGAUGAGGAUGCUGUGUAUGCAAUAAUGUGCUUCUGCGUAGUGCUUCAUUUAGAGACGCUAGGUGGAUCAGUAGAUAUGUUGGCCUUAUUAUUUGUGUUUGAGAGGUGAGACUCUGAAAUCACUUUUAAACAUCCUUAGGAUCCAACUGCAUGUGUUCCAAGGUGCAGUGCACUGUGAAUCUUUUUAAGUCUAAUACGUUUGUAGGUGCUUUUAUGUGUAACUUCAGUGGUUUGACGAAUGUUAAAUAACUUUGUCCUUCACCACUGUACUCAAAGAGACAGACGAUACAGUUUACAUAGUUUCUGUAAGAUUUUGUUGAGAAAUAGUGAAUGAAUGACUCUGGGAUAUCAGAGAUUCCAUCCUGAGACAUGAGCACUUGGAGGGGCCAGAAUAACCUAAUAGAUCUGAUAGCGUGAGUCAAUUGGUGAGACAUGGUGAAAAUCUAACUAGAUUUUGUACCAAUAUGUGAAAGAUAAUUGCCCAGAGCUGUCAGAGGGAUUGUGGUCACUGCUUGCUGCUUUGACCUUUGAAUAUCAUUAUUUUUAUAUUAAAUACUAAUUAGUAAUUACAGAUAAUAGAGCUAUAUAGCAGAUUAAUAUUAUGCUGUAAGAUUUGGCUAUGCUUUUUCUUUUGGAAGUUUUAAUAAUUUACAUGUAAUGUCAAUAAAAAUGCAAACCUAAGAGAAUGACUAUAGGAAUCAGAUUCCAUUAUAAAAUACUGUGUUUUCUAAAAAUGUCAAGGACGGGCACCUGUGUGCAUUAAAAAAGAUUUUAUUACCAAAUUCUUUACCAGUCCUGCCUCUCUAGCAUUAGUUAAACAGUAAAGAGAGAAUGGGACCUAGAAAUGAUAGUUCUCUGGACAGGUUUUAUUCCUAUAUGCCUCUUGGCCUUUGCUGUGUCUGUGUGUGCUGUAUUGGAGAUUUUAAUGACAGCUGGUGUGUCCAUGUUCUCUGAGGCAGUAUUUUCUUUGUAUUAUUAUUCGUGGUUGUAUUCAUUAAUACUUCUUCCUCCUGCUUUUGGGUUGGAUUAUUGUGUAUUAUUGAGAGAAGAGGUUCAAACGUGUUGUAACUAGACUUGACCAUCAAAAAAGGACACUGCUACCGGGUCUAAUGGUAUUCUUCACCUUUGUGUAUGUAGUGUUACUCCUUAGAACUCACUAAAGUUGGGCUAGAGUGGCUUGUUCCUGGUGUCCUAACACUUAAGAAUGCAUUUGUAUAGUUUCUUAAAAGCCUAGAAAUGGGCUUAUAGCAGGCCUCUCCACAGCCUUCUAUCUAUAUAUGUAGAGUUGUCACUCCUGAAGCCUGUGUCAGAAGGCAGAUUGAGAUCAGCAGUGAGAGACUUUUCAUAAGGAUGUUGCCAUUUUCACGCGUGUUGUGGGAUGAUAGUCAAAAGUUGCUGGGAGAGGUGGGGUGUGAGGAAGAAACUACUGCACAUUCUGACACUUGAGUGCUUCCAGGAAGGAUGCUCGGGUGAGAAAUGUGGCCAGCGCCCCACCCGAGCAGAGCCUUACAGCACUUCCCAGGUAUUUUCUUCCCCUCGGUGAAGUAUUGUUUUCUAAGUAUGAUCACCUAGCAAUCCAUGCAUGCUAAUGGAAUUCUUUUCACUGUAAGGACCAGUGUUUAAGUCCUUUCUGUGUUGAUUCUGCCAAGCUAUAGGCUCUCUGAGGGUUUUUUUUUUGGGGGGGGGGUGUUUUCAUCACUUUAAUUUUUUUUUUAAUGUGUAUGUAUGUUUUGCCUGUAUAUUUGUUUGUAUACCACAUGUGUGCCUGGUGCCCAAGGAGGCCAAAAAAAGUGUGUUGGAGCUGAAGUUCAGAGUGUUGAAAAUGGAACCCAGGUCCUCUGCCAGAGCUCUUAACCACUGUGCUGUUGAUAACAGGACAGUGUAGUGUUGCAUAGCUGUGUGGAUGUGCUGGCAGUGUUUGGCACUGAAGUACUCUACAGCCAUUGAAAAAUGAAGACUCAGCCCACCCUCUAGAACUGGAUGUAAGGGCAUUUCUGUCAACUUAGUUCUGUCAGGAGUUUUGUUCGUCUGGUUUUUUCCUAUAUACAUCUUUGUACUUGGUGUUAAAGCUCAGAGGCUUCAUUUUGAGACAUGUUCAGAGUGGAAUAUCUAAUUUGAAGCCUGCCAUAAAGAGAUUACAUUAAUCUUGGGUCUUAGUGUAGCAGAAGGGUGGGUUCUGUCUCUGUGUCACAGUUUAAAAGAAAUUCACCUCAAGAGGCUACUAGUUGGGCAGGAUUGACUAAGGGUUCUCUGGGAAAGGGAACCACAAGAGUGUCAGUUUCUUGCUCCUCUUCGUGGACAUAGGCUCUUUAGUGGGAGGUAAGGCCCUACAAUCUGUCUUGUGGUUGUGGUUUUUGUUGAUGUUGUUACUCAUUUGUUGAGUGUCCUUUUUGAGUCUCUGUUUCAGUAAUCCUCAGGUUUUUUGUUUGUGCUACAUCUCUAGUACAUCAGACACCAUGAGAAUUUGCUGUAACUUUUAACUCCUGAGCCUCAAGUAGAUAGAAGGGCUGUAUUCUCUCAAGUCAAUGUAUAUAGCAGUGAAAUUGGCGUAGGAGCACAGAAAACACUGAGGUUCUCUUUGGUAGCUUUAGAAUGCAGUGCGCAGCAGUUCCUAACACCCGGUUCUUAGGAUAGGGAGCUUUUAAAGUAGAAGGUAGAGUACUUUCUCAUUUUAAUUAUUUGAUCCAAAUGUGUAGAACAGUAGCUCUAGACUAGUGAAGCAUUUGGGACACAAUUGUACAUUUUUAAAGCCAUUUCUCAAGCUUUAAAAAGUUUACCACAGCCUUUGCAGUGUUGAGGAGAAGCAUGAAAGAAAGCAGAGGUGCAGCCAUGAGGUUUGUGUCCGAUGCUGGUGGAUGGCUGGUGAGACACAGUACGACUUGUGUGAGCGGCAGUGGACUUGGACACGUGGCAUGCACGGUACCCUGGAAAAGCAUGAGCUGGUCUUGCAGGAAUCUGCGGUUCACUCAUGUCUACGUAGCACAUUUUAGGUGGUGUUUGAAUAUCUUACAAGUAACUAGUAAGUGUCAAAUGCAAGCUUCCAAGGAACUGAGCCUUUCAUUUUAUAUAUUGUUUCAAAUUAGGACAAGAGAGAAUUCACUUCUAUUGUCUAAAUAAUUUUUUUUUCAGUUCAGCAAAUAGGGAAAAACAGCAAAACCAUUAACCUUGUUUUAGUUUUUGCAAACUAUUUUUUUAUAUUUGCUGAUAAGUUUUAAUCUUAUAAUAGUUAUUAAAAAUGAGUAUUGACUUACUAGACCUACCUAUGUAUAAUUCAAUUAAUCUGUUAGCUUCAAUGAAACCAUAAUGAAUCUCCAUGAAUGUUCAUAUAUUUAGCUAUUUUAAGUGAUAGUCUCUUAAUUCAGAUAGUCUUAAAUCAGGCCAGUAGAGAUGGUGCACACCUGUAAUCCCAGCACGUGGGAGGCAGAGGCAUGUGGAUCUCUGAGUUUGAAGACAACCUGGUCUACAGAAUGAGUUCCAGGAUAGCCAG